AUGGGUCGAUUCGCAACCCUCAAUUCCGAGACUAAGGACCUUGUCCUCGCGAUGCUUCCAGCAAUCGCCACCGCUUUCAAGGUCGACAACGUCGUUGACAUCAUCCCCGAGGACAUCCGCAUGCGUGCUUGGGAUUGUGACAGGCGCGACCACAUCAAGGACAAGACCGAGGAUGACCCGCGCAACUGGGGUGUCCAGUUCCUACGGGACCUCAUGACCAUCGGACGUCUCAAGGAAGGAAAUCUCACCGAGUUCCAAGCCGACCUGAGGGCCAAAGUCGAGAAGCACGAGCCGAAGCACCCGUGGUGUAGGCUUGCGGACAUCAAGGAGCUCAAGGCGAAAUAUGUGAACCCGGAUCGUGCCAGUGAGGACAACCACUCCCAAGACGAAUAUGCUUCGGACGAGCCUUCCUCAACGGAUUCUUACUUAGAGGAACUAGUCGAGCAGGAGGUCCCCAAGGGCAAGAAGCGUCGUCGCAACCACGAGGCGUACGAGGCUCGCGUUCAGGAGAAGUCCAAGCACCACAAGCAUAGAACUUCCUCCUCCCGACUUCGUCGUGACAGCGAGGGUUGGGAGCGCCCCGAGAAGCGCGGUCGCCCUGGCAAGGGUCGAUACUCCACGGAGCGCCGCAUUCCGGACGCCAGCCGCCUUUCCGUUCGACGUCCCAGCAUCGCCAUCAAGUCUGAGCGCGAGGGCUCUUACGACUCCACGAGCGUGAUGUCAGUACUUCCAGCUUUCACUCCACCGUUCACUGCUUCUCCUCGUCCGGUCCCAGCUCACAAUUACUCGCACCACAGCAUCGACAACUCCAAUGAGCCGUUGGCAGUCCAGAAGCUCCAGGCCGAGUUGGAUGUCGCGGAGGCCGAGUUGAAGGCCGCCCGCGUUCGGCUGCAGUACAUGGAGGCCAAGGAGAAGGCCAUCGCUGAGGUCAACCGCAAUGGCGCCGGCACGCAAGACGAGCCGCACGAGGUCGACUAG